GUGGGUUGCUGAAUACAAACCAUAACCGUGUCAUUUUAAAACCCAAUUCAACCCCUGAUCGAUUUGCUCUCCUACCCCAGAAAUUGAAAACAAACAGAUUUCUUUGAAAUGGCUUCAAUGUCUUCUUCACCUCUGACUAUGCUUUCCGCAGAAACACUGAAGCAACCAACGUUAGUUGGUAACCCCUUAGCGGGGUCAAGAGCUCUAUUAUGGAAGAGGACUGAGAAGAACAAGAAGCGAGCAUUGACGGUAGUUGCAGCGGUUGGAGAUGUAUCCGCCGAUAGCACACCAUACUUGAUUGGUGGUGCUGCUCUUGUGGCUCUGGUUGGAACUGCCUUCCCAAUCCUCUUCUCCCGCAAGGACACAUGUCCUGAAUGCGAUGGGGCAGGGUUCGUUCGGAAGUCGGGGGUGGCCUUGAGAGCCAAUGCAGCACGGAAAGACCAGGCUCAGAUUGUGUGUGCUAAUUGCAAUGGCCUGGGCAAGCUCAACCAAGUUGACAAAUCUUAGAGAGUCAGAUCUCUCUUCUCCUUUCAUUCCUUUAAACCUUUCUACUUCCUUACUGGUCUAUAAGUGUAACUUUUACAUGAUCGAAUUUAUUUCUGUGCAUAAGGCUUUGCCAUAUUUCCACUCUGAUAAUUAAAAGGAUGCAGCAGUACUUUUAUUCA